GCUUCUGACCGGCAAGGACGCCACUUGUCUUACCUGAAGAUACUACUGCUUUCAUACACACUGCACUGCGUGACCUGAAAUCUGAUGUCUGCCUCCGACCGGAUGUUGGGGUCGCGCGGAGAGCUUGACCUGUCGAAACCGAUCAGUGUGGCUUACCAGCUCAAGCUAUCUCACACGAGCGUCCUCGACUCUACAUUCAUCGAUGCGAAAUCACGCAGGGCCAUCUACAUGACUGCAACUCACGAGGGUGCGACCAGCCUGAUACGACUGAGUGAGCAUGGAGAGGAAACGGUCGUCGGAGAGGUUUGGUGGCAAGGUGGCCGAGGAAAUCAUGGCGGGACGGGGCACGGACUAGUGGUCGUGCACGAGCAGACAAUGCGGUUCGAGGGCUUUCUAAAGAGGUCAAAUGGCUUUCUCAAGAACAAAUGCAAGGUCUUUCAGGCCGAUGGCAUGCAUUGCCGAUGGCGGCGUGGAGCGAACUCCAGCCUAGUUUAUCCUGCCAUGCGCACCUUCUUCUGUCAGCUCACGUCUUACACCCGACCGCCCACUUCAUCUACAUCACGAAACGCGUCUUCCACCUCCGUUACGGUAUCUCCCGAGCGUAUGGUUGCGCUCUUUACCUCGCCGGAUCCAGGCAGCGUCAAUCCAGAAAUCUUGGUAUACGAUGUCGGUGCAAACAUUAUGGAUGAGGUGAUCCUGACCUGUAUCAUGGUAUGCGCCGGGAAGCUCGAGUGGCGAGAGAUUGACACGGCUGGGAGACUGAGUCGCGAAGGAUACCCAGGGCUAUCAGGUCGUUACUCCGCGUCUCAUCCUCAGCUCGGGCUCGGUCGAUCAAUUUCCAUAACGAGCUCUGCUUUUUCCCGUAUGUAUGCCACCACGGCAGUCACCGAGUCUGAAGACGACGACGAAAGACUACCGCCAGCGUAUCUUCGUUCGGUACCGGCUGGAGAGCAGACAGUGCAUAUUAUUCACGGAGAGACGGACAAUACUGACAUUGAGGAUGAUGUGGUGGCGUUAGACUCCCUGGAUAAUCGUCGAGAAGCAGCCCCGAGCUAUGAUACCUAACGAACCAUGUUCUCCCUUCCGUCCAGUUGUUCCCAUCUGUACCACC